AUGGAGAACCAGCUUGGGCUCGGCGGCCAGCCUGUCGCCCCCCCAAUGCCGCAGAACUCGGCGCUGGUGCGCACAGAACAGGUUCAGAAGCUGCCGCAUCUCAAUGACGCACAGAAACAGAGCCAUACUGUGAUGGUGCGGGGGCUGUGGGAGAUCUUGAACUCACAUCCUCCAGGCUCAAACGAAUACAACAACGCCCAGACCAAAUUAACCCAGAUCUCUCAGCAUCUUCUCAGAGGCAUGAGGUCGUUCCAGGCAACGCGCCAGCAGCAGCUUGCUCAGCAACAGCAGCAGCAGGCUCAGCACAUCCAGGCCCAGGCCCAGCAGAUCCAGCAGCAGCAGCAACAGCGACAGCAGCAGCAGCAGCCCCAGCCUCAGCCCCAACAGCCAGCUCCUCCCCAACCAGCGCAACAGGCUCCCCGACAGCCGGCCCAGAUCAACAGAACCGCCGCAGCACCGGCUGUUACUAAUCCAGCAGCACCAACACGGCCCCAGAUGGGUGUCCCGCAGACCUUCCAGCAGCUCCUCCCUCAGAUUCGCGCCAAAGUUGACACGCUCACUUUCAUCCUCCCGCCUACGAUCGCAAAGGAACAAUCCGAUGGCUGGAUGCAAGAGGCAAGGUUGCGAUACGGCCUAGCACUACAGAAGCAGGAGCUUGGGAAGGUGAAGCUUAACGAACUGCGUCAACAAUAUACGCAACGCCAAGCUACUGGGAACCUGUCUCAGGAGGAGAUCCAGGAUUUCAAGAAUCGCCAGACUGCUGCGGACAAGCUGCUUCGUGAAGGAAGUGAAUUUUUGGGGAAAUUCAAGGAGCAACAGGAGAAAUUCCGAGCCCAGACUCAGCAACUUGCCGGAGCUCGUCAGGGUGCUCAGGGUACUACUGCCCCGACCCAAGUGUCUGCCGAUGGCCGCAUCGCACCGCCAGCUACAUCGGCGCCUGCUCCGCAUACCAUUACGUCCGCCGUAGUUGCAGCUCGAGCAGGCCAGACAACUUCUGCCCCGACCCCAACCCAGACCGCCGCUGCGACUGCCGGCGUUGUCACUUUGGCGACUACCCAGCAACCGGUAACCGCCGCCCAAUCUGCGCCGCUGAAUGCCUUUAGUCAACAAACAACGCAGGAAAGUCCCGUUUCUAUUCAGACACCAAGCGCUCAAGCUCCCCCGCGACCAUUGUCACAGCAAGCUGCUUUUGCACAGGCAGCCCAGAGCUAUUCGAACACCAUGAACCAGCCAUCUACACCUUCCCUUCCAGCUGCUUCGCACGCGCACCCGGCGAACUACAUGAAUAGCCGCUCCGAUACGCGCAACAUUACCAUGUCUAUUCCCAAGACCCUGAAUGUCUCUACUCCUGAGCCCGUCAGCAUGGGCCCAGCCCGUCCAACUCUCACCAGUGGCCCCAGCCACGGAGCUUCUGGAGUUAUGGGCCAGCCGGCUAUUCAGAAACACCCAGGAUUUGUUCUUGAAGGAGAAGGACAACACGUGUUGAGCAAGAAAAUGCUGGAUGUCCUGGUGAAGCAGGUCACUGGAGCUGGGGAGGGAGAAGGGUUGACUCCUGAUGCCGAAGACUUCAUCCUUCAAAUGGCGGAUGAUUUUGUCGAUGACGUUAUUACUGCCGCAUGCCGUCUUGCGAAACUACGCCCCUCUGCCACUCUUGACAUUCGCGAUAUCCAACUGGUUCUCGAACGUAAUUACAAUAUGCGCAUCCCGGGGUUCACCGCUGAUGACCUUCGCACCGUUAAGAAGCCGCAUCCUACUCAGGGAUGGAUCCAGAAGAUGUCUGCCGUUCAAGCCGCUAAGGUCACUCAAGGCCGCACCGACUAG